GCCUACGCCGGCUUUUUGAGUUUGUUAAAAACACAUUGAAUUUUGUGCAUAUUUAAAAAGAGAACAAAAUGCUGGAAACAAUUUAUAACCUGCCAUUUCACAUACUGGUGCCACCCAACAUCAAAGUGCGGCGCUUCUCCAUUCCGAUGCCAUCACCCAUGGCUGUGUUUUCGGUGGUGCUGCUUUCCUAUUUCCUGGUCACUGGCGGUAUAAUUUAUGAUGUGAUUGUGGAGCCACCGAGUGUGGGCGCAACUGUCGACGAGCAUGGACACUCGCGACCCGUAGCCUUUAUGCCAUACCGCGUGAAUGCCCAAUAUAUUAUGGAGGGACUCGCGAGCAGUUUUCUAUUUACCAUUGGCGGUCUCGGCUUCAUUAUUAUGGACCAAACUCAUGCGUCAGGCAAAACGAAUCUCAAUCGGCUGCUUUUAACCGCAAUGGGAUUCAUCUUCAUAUUGGUCUCGUUCUUUACGACCUGGCUAUUCAUGCGCAUGAAACUGCCCAGCUAUUUGCAACCUUAAAACAAAUGGAUUAACUUAUUUGUAGCAAUAGGUGCACAAUCGAAAAUCUCUAUUAGUAUUACAUUUUGUAUUCGAUAUUAAAAUGUUUCCUAAGCGAAGAAUUGUUCAAA